CGUAAUACGUCUUCCUGAAGCCCGUCAAGAAAAUAAGCGCUGACGUGGUGGUUAAGUAUCUCGAAACUGAAUUAUUCAUGACGUUUGGUGUUCCCGAAACAAUCGUAUCUGAUAAUGGAUCCCAGUUCCGAUCCGAAUCGUUUCGUAAGAUUUUAAGUCGGUUUGAAAUAACACACACUUUAACGGCCGUGCAUUCACCGCAAGCGAACGCCUCUGAGCGUGUGAACCGGUCAGUGAUUAGCGGGAUCAGGGCGUACCUACGAACCGAUCAAAAGGAUUGGGACGAGCACCUAAGUCGCAUUUCAUGUGCGCUAAGAUCCGCGUCUCAUGCUAGUAUAGGGACUACCCCGUACUACAUGGUGUUUGUUUGGCCAGCAUAUGGUCACGGCCGGUUCGACAUAUUCGCUACUCAGGAAAUUAAAGUUACUAGACGAUCGAUCCUUGGUAUUCAACAGACCCGACUCGCUUGAAAUCAUACGCAAGGGCGCCUGUGUACAAAUGCAGAAGAUGCACGAUCAAAACGAGAAGCGAUACAACCUGCGCUCAAGACAAGUAGAUUUCGCCGUAGGUCAGGAAGUGUUCCGGAGGAACUUCAAGCAAAGCUGUUUCCAAACAGGGUACAGUGCCAAAUUCGGACAAGCGUUUGUGAAGGCUCGAGUUCGAAGAAAGCUUGGCGGUGCGUAUUAUGAAUUGGAAGACUUGCAAGGACGAUCUUUGGGGAACUACCACGCAAAGGACAUACGACAAUGAUAAGUCGCUUUAUGCGGUAUCAGCCUAGGAGAUGUAACCACCCCUAGUCUGAUCUGGUGGGGGGGCUUUGUAGCGGGCCUGAAGCGACGUAGAAGAAGUCGAUAGGUUUGGCGGGAAGGAUUAAUCGGCUAAGAUUUGAAAGAAAAAUUGAAAGUCAAGACCAUGAUAUCGAUCUCGGGGCCAGGGAU